GGUGAUCGAGUUACGUGCGCCAGCAGUGAUCCUCGAAGGCUGCUUGAGGACACCUUGUACCCUUGGUUCAGUUUCGACGAGCUUCUGAGCUAUGAAGAGGAUACGCGACUGAAGACCGAGGACAGGGAGGAAGACGACGAGAAGGAGUACGAGGAACGUCUAGGAAUGUCUUCAGCUUCGACCAACAAGCUGCAAAUUUUGUGGGAUUAUUUCAUUCAUGCGGAGCCUCAGAGUUACGAGAAGUCAUCCUGGCUGGACGUAUUCCUCGCCGAGCUUCUUGCUCAAGUAAGAGAAGGCCGGGACGUGAAAGAUGCCCUAUCGUUUUGUUUGGUCGCCGGUGGCAGAGUUUCUACCCUUAUAGCUUGCGAGCUGCUCUCUGAUGUACACGAGCUCUGCGCGAAGAGGCUCGACGGGGACGAGCUUAUCGGAUUGAGGAAGUAUUUGGCUCAAGAUCGCGGCUGGCGUUGCCUGGCGGUUCUGCAAUUGCUGGGCGUACGUGGUAUAUCUUGUGCGCGCGAGCUGGUCGCUCUGUUGGUGGCUCUCUAUCCGGUCGCCCUUCAAGAGGAGGUGAAGAAGGUCGAUUUCGCAGGUUCGAACGGUUCCGGGCGUACUUCCGCGUUCGUCGGGCCGGCGCGCAAUCCGUAUGUAAAAUUCCACUGUAACGACGACACCGUCGACACGGUAGAUAUCGUGCCGCACGCGAAGCGCAAGGCGACAAAGUCUAGCCGAAACGGUGUUUCCUACGAGGGCAAUGCUUCGACGAGAAGAAGAACGGGUCGUAGACAUAGUAUCGGUGCCAAGAUGCCGAUCCACCAUAAGCAAAGAUCGUUCGGUAUGUUCGAAACGCGGCGUACCACGCCGGAAACCGCGAGCAGCGAGUCCGAAUUGCUGACAGACGGUAUAGAUCAGGCACGGUCGCUCACACUGAAGAUCCGCCUGAACCCGAUGGAUUUCGAAUACUUCACGUCCGUUGUUAGAAGCGACGAGGAACAAAAAUGGCAAACGGCGCUCUAUGAGCUACCAACACGACCGUCGAAAAAAACGCCGAGGGAUUACAUAGACGAGAGGAUCAAGAACGUUCUGGACGCAAGGAUCAGCAACUUCGAAACUAGUCUGUUAAUUAUCCAGCUACUCCAGGGACUGCGGGAUUACGAUACGCCGGCCGAGCAGACUCCGGCCGUGCAAGUUUUGAAAUUCGCCUUGGACACAUUAUGGUCUCUUCAGUUUGGCAUAGACGGUGCCGGCUUGAGCGGAACGGAAUGCGCCACGUUAAAGGCAGCGGCCGCUAGGCUGAUGCUCACAGCGUUGGAACGCGUACUGAGAGCGGACGAGCCGACCACUGCGGUCAUUCACAAUGGUUUACUACCCAUGACUCUAAGAUUACUCGAAGAUGCUUGCAGCAAACCGGUGAACGUGUUCUCGCCGGAGGAGGGCUCGCUGCUACAAGAGUUCAUCUUCGCAACCAUUUACGGCAUCGUGACGUUCCUUUAUUGUUUGCUACAUCAACAGGGUGCCGCUAUAGAGAAGCUGUCCGAUUUUCUGGAGUUGUUUCAGCUGUUCACCGACAGCCAGGAUGGUAAGCUCGUCGAAAGAACCAUCCUCGCUAUUGUUGAUCUGCCGAGCGUCGAUCCAACGAGGUCGGUUAUCCGCGCCAGAAAAGUCAUCGAUAUGAUAGGUGCGUUAACCAGCGGCCUAAAGUCCGUGCGACGUGAUAUUUCGCACGCGGCCAACUGCAACCGAACGAAACACAAAUCCUGCAUCAAUAACAUUCAGACGCAUCAUCACUCCGACGUAUUUGGGACAGCGUACGCUCAACCGAUCGUCGGUGCCGUUAUGAAACAGGCAUGCUGUAUUUCCUCUCUGUUCGUGACGCUCACUAAUCUCCUGAAAGAGUCUCAUCCUUUUACCAGCGAGCUGCAAGUCCGACUGAUCAAAGUCUCCACGGCGGCGGGCACCUGUUGCUGUUGCCCGCCCAGGAUACUCAUGUUCAACGUCGUGUCUCUUUUGAAGAGACACGAUCCGGCCACUUACGCCCCAGCCGUGGCACUUCUCGAGCGUAUCUUCUUCAAGGAACUCGGUGCUCACUCGGAAUUAGACCUAUGCACCACCUGCGACAGGCCUACGACAUAUUCAUGGGACUUUCUCGAGAUGUACGCUGAAUUACUAACUCCCGACGAACCGAAACUGUGUUACGCUGUAAUGGCGCACCUUCUGAAGAUAGGGCCUAACUCUAGAUACCAAGUUCGACGGGAACUGUUGCUGAAAGUGUUCUACCCCACCUUCCUGAAUGCUAAAACUUACUACGCCUCCGACAGGAGUAACGCGACUGCUAAGUUUCUCAUUCAGGCCUGUCUAUCCGUGAUAUCCUGUUUAAUCGUGAACACCCAGAUAUGCGAGGGGUUCACGGAAAUAAACGGUUUGGAAGAGGCGUUGACCUUACUAUCGGACGCCACUUUCACGAGAACCGUGUACGCUCUUCUAGAAGUCACAGUUAUCAUCGAGAUUUGGAGGUCGUGUCCCGCGGAAUCUGAUUCCGAGAGUGGCGAGAAACCCGCGUCGAAAUCUUUAUUCGACUCCCUCGAAAAAGAAACGACAGAAUUAUUGCACAAUCUGGAAAAUCCAGGGCAAAUCGAUGAAAUGCAACAGACAUUCCAGCGAGAAAACAACGAUCAAAUUGUCGAGCAAACAAUAAAUACCAGUACCGAAAAUGAUUCUCAAAUGGAAAGUGGCGAAACGGAUAGUUCUGUCAGUGCGAUUUCAUAUUUUCCGGAAGUAUUCGAUCAUCUUGAAGCUACAGCAACAUACGCAGAAGCUGAUACCGAUGCGGAUACAAAUAAGAAACUGAAUCUGUAUCAAGCGAGCGCCGCGUGGAGAGCCGCGGCCGGUGUAGCUCUGAGCAGUCCGAAAUUCCGAAUGGAAUUGUCGCUACACUCUAUAUCGGAGAAAUCCCUGAGGCUUUUCAAAACGUUGGCUAUACGUAUUUCCACGGGCAGUAUUAUAGAUACCAAUAAAUCAGCGCACAGACUCUUCGAGGCUUUACUCACGUGCUGCUUGACGUCUCCGUUGUGUGACUGCGAUGUAGUCAUGGAGCUGAGAAGAGCACUGAUGGAGAUCGGCGUCAAAUUGGGUCGUGGAUUGGCUGUGAUCGUGGAGGCCCUAUUGAAAGUCUCUAUGCUGAAACCUACUCAAGAAGAAACUAUACCACAGUACGCUCGGCCUAGGCUACCGAUCAUGACGUUGGACGCUAUGCCGGAUUGUGCCGCGGACGACAGCAGCACAGGCGAAUACGUGACUGCCGACGAUGGAUAUGAAGCAGACAUCGAAAUACCAGGAAGAAGUCCUCACACAAACACCGUGAAGAGAAGCAACUCUUUGGGGCCGGUGGUCGAGCCCAGGGGCAAUGCAAACGCACACCCAGCUUUGUGUUCCUUGGCGGUUGAUCUCCUGAUUCACUUCAGUGAGCAAGGUUUGGACGCAGAAAGAGGAACUAUCAUAACUGCCGGCUUGAGAAAAGUUGCGGCUACCUGCAGAGAAAGUGCCUCGAGUUGUGCCACCCUAGCAGCUUCAGGAGUGAUUACAAAACUAUUAAAUGGCUUCAGGGAUAUAUUCACUAGCAGAGAUCCUCAGUACCAAGAUCUGCAACACGCUGUUCUAGAAGUGUUCACAUUACUAGCGACGCAAUCGAUUUCAUCGUCAGAAUUAGUCACGUACUUGUCCCUGUUCAAAGUCGAUGCACCUCCGCUUUUAUCGCUACUUGAACCGCUUUUUCAUCUCGUGCUAACUGCACGACCUCAACCGAAUUUUAUCCUGUCGUUCCCGAUGCGUGCUGAAACGAAAGUAACGCCAAAAACACAAUCGAAAGAGUACAAAAACGUUGAGAAGACGGAAAAUCUAGUGAAUAAUUUUCGGACCAAACACCUCGCCUCAGGAAUAUGCAGUCCGUGGUCUGUCUACGCAGCGUGCUUACCAAUUGGUCCUGAAAUCGCUUGGCCAGUUUGGCUACACGGUUGCUCCGUUUCUAUGUGGUUAAGAGUUGAAAGAGGAUCACCUGCGUCUGGCAAAGGAACACUCAUCAGUACGUCACCUUUACUUGACUCGGAUAGUGAAAGUUUGUCCGAUUGGGGCGUACUGUCCGAUAACUGGAGUCGCGAAGUCAUAGCAGGUUCGACGUCACCGCCUACGCCAACGUCGAUUAUACAUUUGAUGUCUGUCGGAUUUGAGUCUCUGGUUCUCGAGACAUGGUUGGAUCUGCGAUCAGAUAAAUUAAUCUUACGGUUAACACGGCCAAGCGACAAGACGAAUCGAACGGUGUCCGAGACAUCCAUAACCGGUAUGCUUCCUUCUGGCCGAUGGCAUCACUUAGCACUGAAUUUUAAGGACACUAUUCUAAACAAACGUAGCGCCGUGGUUGAAGUUGUCAUUUGGGUAGACGGAUGGAGAGAAAUCAGUGCACAAUUGCCGUUCGACGGUUUAUUAGUGAGAAAACCUGGAACUACAUGCGUUCUAUUAGGACAAGUCGGUUCGAGUAGCAUCGGUGCUUGGUAUCUUGGCAACUUAAUGGUAUUUAGGUGUCCGGUGUUUACGAAAGAAAGGGCUCUGUACCUAGCGAGUCUCGGACCUAAUUAUACUAAUCUCGCGGAAUGUGUUUUGAACACGGAGAAGCCAGAUUUUGCACCGUUAAUUGCAUCUGGAGCAUUGGACGGCGUUCGAGAAAUACGAUUCGAAGGAGGAAAAUUCGAUACGAGUCGGAGGAAAUCAUACGGCGGAACGUACUUGAGACAUGCCAUCGAGACGAAAGUGUCCGACACGAAAAUUGAUUGGGACACUGUUAUGGAUGCUACGAAUUCUCAUCUGGGAGAAUUACAGAAUAAUCUACUUCUAACUUACGAAGCACAGAAUCCCAAUACCGUGCAUCUGUAUCCUCAAGCUAUCGCGAAUCCUGCUGCCGUGGUAAGAAAUCUAUUUCCGGGUCAACCAGGUUUUAGGGUUGUCUCUGCGCCAGAGCACAGAGUUUCGCAACAACCGCCUUUGUCUGUGGCUCCGAUCCUGUCCGUUCAAUUAGAAUGUCAACAGUAUAGGGGUCUGGUACCUGCAGCCACCUUAGUGGGCGGAGUGCCCAUAUUUCUGUAUCUUUUUGCAAGAGUAGUCGAAUUGAAUUCCACCGAGGAAGAACAAGCGUUAGCUCUCUCGAUAGUUCUGCAUUUAAUACGAAAUGAUUCCGAAUUGUUGAAUGAAUAUCGAUCAGAAGGUGGGACAUCGUUAAUUCUACGUGUUUUAGAAUCGUCUCGAUGCCACGCAGGUAGACAUAUUCUGAAAGCAAUGUUAGACGCAGCUUGUGAUAGUUCGAUCCUAAUAAAAGAUAUCGGUAGCGGCAAUCAUUUGGUGUCGCAAAAUUGUGAAGCCGUCAUCACGGAUCCUGAAUUAAUCAAAGGCGCGCUGACCGCGUGGAGAACAUGGGCUAAAUAUGACACAUUGAACUUGCUAUUGCAAGCGUUGCUAUUGCUAUUAAGAGAUCAGCACUCGCAGCGCGAGUUUAAUGCGUCUCAAUUGAACAGAGUAGAAAUCGUCGACACGAUUUUGACGUUGUGCAAGGAGCAUUUCUUGUACGAGGAAUUGGGAGCUGCACUAAACUCUUCAACGGGAACGGCUGUUGUAGAGUUAAUAAGAGCACUUAUGGGCGCUCCUCCAGAAUUUGCUCACCUGGUGGCUAUCACUGAUUUUCUAGUUCUCGUACAUCAGGCAUCGGAAACAUACAUCACACAUUCUAGGCACAAUAUAUACUUUCUGUUACCAUCUCUUGGCGAAAAGAAAUUAGUAAAAAUCAACUCGACAGUAACCACCAGUUCCUCGGAAGAAUCGAUAGGAACCUUAGAGAACAGUAAAUUGAACAAAGGUUUAACGAAUGCACAGAUACAAAAAAGUAAAAUGCCAAAGAGAAAAGAACGUCGAAACGGUCCCCCUCAAGAUACCAGUGCUGGAGAAGAUUCUGGAAUUGCGGCUAGCGAUGGCUCUAAUCCUCUUAGCAACGAAAAGCAAUCCACAUGGACGGACGAAAGAAGAGCCUGCCAGGGCCUAGUUUGCGAAGGUCUCCUACUACUACUUCGGGAUGCAGUCAGAGUGUUACCCGACAGUCAAGUUGGUUCGGUGUUAAAACAUGUUUUAAGAGCUGAACUCUUGCUCGUGUUGGCAAACAAUCCUGAUGCUAGAGUUCGUACAGCGUUGAUCAAGGUCGUACAAACAUAUUUGCAACGCGCCAGCGAUGAAGAAGUCAACAAAUUUAUCAAGCAAAAAUACUUCAUGCACUUAGCCAAUCAGAUAGCAUUGUAUCCUGGAAGCGAACCGCUCGUAGUGGCUCUGGAAAAUCUAGCUUUAAGGGGACCAACAGUGGCUGCGAUACCACCGUUAAUGGCUAUGAUUGCGAAAGCGGCAGCCACUGAAUCGAACAUAGCCAGGCCAAUAGUAUCAUUUAUCACUGAUAUAACUGGGAAGAAUCCCAACGCUUUGAGAAUGCUUUUGGAACAAGGGCUGAUCGAAUCGCUGGCCCAAGCAUUAGUCGGUGGAGCACACAAGGGUGGGUCUACAUCCCUCUGCCGAGAUAUCCAUGUCUUAUUUUUGGCUAUUGCUACGAAAAUGUUAGAAUCUCCAGGAAAUCAUCAAGUACAAGCUAUUUUAGACCUACAUCUGAUACUGAAUCACGUGGAAUUAAAAGAGAAGGCUUAUUGCACGAAGAAUAGAACUUGCGUGUCAGUCGUGAGGGACGCACAAGUUGCCCUCUUCGAUGGAGAACUCGACAUACUCACGGCUAAAGUCUCGAAUCAGUCGGGCUUCCGUUUACGAAGCACGGCGUCGUACCUAGCGUCAGCGUCUCAUAUAACUUCAGUUUUCACAACGUCUAGCGAUCAAAGCGAUCACGGCUCUCGAUCGUCCAGUUUCACGAGUUUGCACGCACCAGCGAUCGCAACGAUGCGAGAGCCAGGCAAAGGGGAACUAUUAGACCGAUUCCGUAUUAUUCUAACCCGUGCCGUUGAAUUCAUAACAACCGCUGAUGAAUCGCCGACUGGAAACGAGUUACAAUUGACCAAACGAUUAUUUUCGAUUUUGUUACACGGUUUCUGUAAUCCGCUCGAAAAGAAGAAUCAUUGGAGCAGUGGAUGGUCGACCAGACACGCUCUAAGAAAGUACACGGCUAAGAUAAUGGUGUGGCUUCUUGGACCGCAUCAGAGUAAUAACACGCGAAUCUUUGCCGUUCGAUCGCUGAUGGAAGAACCAAAAGCUCGUGAAAUAUUAUCUUCCCUUUUGGAAGUUCAUCCUCAGGUGGAACAGAAAUUUACAGUGUUCUUUUGGGAUCUGUUGCAAAGACGGGACGAGAUGCCCAGCGCUGACGCGAGAAUAUGCGCGGAGCUGAGAGAAGCUUUGAACAUAUGGGACUUGGCGAAAGGCAUAGAACAAAGUAGCCCAGGAAUGUGGAACGAGGAAUUGGCGCUGCUGAGACGCGAACUGAUGAGGGACCGUGACAUAUGGAUCGAUAAUAAUCUUCCAGCUAUCCAAAGAAUCGGUAACAGGUUCGAUGUGCUCGCUAAACAACUAACAGAGAGUGCGAUGACCAUAACGCGAACCGUGGUAGAAGAACAGAAUCAAGAACGGAAAGUAUUAAUGGAAAGACUGAAACACUCGAGGGCAAUGGAAGCUCAGGCUGUUGCCAAAUGGAGAGACUUGACCAAACGUUUGACGCACGAAAGAGCUCCCUGGCAUUUUCCAAAAAGUUAUCCAAGAAGCUGGGAAUUGGAUCCAACGGAAGGUCCUGCCAGAGUCAGAAUACGUCUCCAACGGUGUCACCUGAACAUCGACAAGAGAUUCUUCAUGGCAGACUGUCAAAAUAAAUUAGAAGCAACGGAAAUCGAAGCGCCAUUGUCUUACUUAUUCAUGACGGAUCGCCAAGACGCGAAUGCCACGGCGUUAAUCGAACGACUACAUACCAGCGAAAGAAUACGUAAAAUGUCCCAGGCGCAAGUAGUUACGCCUAGAGCGGAAUUAGCCGGAGAAGUUCUUAUCGGCGAGACUUGUCUUUACUUUGUACCUGAUAAACCCGAUGUACCGUUGCACACGGACAUAGCUCUAGGUGGAUUGGACUUGGCUAUGGCGGGUGGAACAGCUUGGCGUCUCGAAGACAUUCGAGAAUUGCACAGGCGUAGGUAUCAACUAGAAGAGAGGGCCAUUGAAAUAUUUUUAAUCACCGGAAGAACUUAUUUAUUAGCGUUCAACUCGUCCAAAGAAAGGGACGAAUUCGUGACAGAAUUGUCCGCUUGCAAUUUACCGAGGCGAGUGCCUGGAGACGAUUUAAACGAGGCUAUUACGCUGUGGCGAAGUGGAACUUUAACUAAUUGGGAAUACAUAACUUGUCUGAACAAAUUGGCUGGUCGUUCCUAUAACGAUUUGAUGCAGUAUCCCGUGUUCCCAUUUGUAUUAGCCGAUUACACCAGUGAGAAAAUCGAUUUAAAUAAUCCUAAGAUAUACCGAAACUUCAAACGACCUAUGGCUGUGCAGGAUAAGAAGAACGAGCAACAUUAUAUAAAUAAUUAUAACUAUCUUAAACAAGCGCAAUUAAUCACAUUACAUCAAGAACCGUAUCAUUAUGGAUCGCAUUAUAGUAAUUCCGGGACGGUAUUGCAUUUUUUGGUACGAUUACCACCGUUCACUAGCAUGUUCCUAUGUUAUCAAGAUAAUAACUUUGAUAUUCCGGAUCGGACAUUUCACGCACUGGCAACAACAUGGAGAUUAACUAGCUGCGACUCUACGACCGACGUGAAGGAAUUAAUUCCGGAAUUUUUUUAUUUGCCUGAAUUUUUAUUAAACUCCGAAGGAUUUAAUUUUGGUGUGCGGCAAAAUGGCAACAGGGUGGGAGACGUUGAAUUACCGAAAUGGUGCGGAGGUGAUGCAAGACUUUUCAUUCUUGCUCACAGAGCAGCAUUAGAAGCAGAUGUCGUUAGAGAAGUUUUACCCUACUGGAUCGAUCUAGUUUUUGGAUUUAGGCAGACAGGAAGACCAGCAGUGGAAGCAAUUAAUGUUUUUCAUCCUGCAACCUAUUACGGAUUUAACGUGGAACAGAUAGCGGAUACUGUAGUACGUGAAGCUUGGGAAACUAUGGUUCGAACUUAUGGCCAGACACCAGCGCAACUGUUUACAGUUGCUCACCCACUACCACUACAGAACCUUGGAAAUAAUGUUUUGCAUACGUCACUACCACAAGUAAUCGAAGGUGUAGAUGGUAUAAAAUGGGGAAAUUACGUAGGUGCACCCAGAAAUGAACCAGUUUUAUGUUGGAAGCAUAAAAAUAGGGCAACAUUAGCGAGUUUGGUUCCCUUAAUGACGGGGGAUGUUUUCGGAUUACCUAGUUAUACUACUCUUUUACUUGGUUACACGAAAGAAAAAAGCGCGAGUAUGUUAAGUGGAACGUCUGUAUUGGGAGCUGCCCUGGUGUCAUGGAGCAGUACAGAUGGAAUUGCAAGACUGAAAUGUAAAAAAGAACAACCGCCAAAGCCAUUAAUUAAGUCGUUAGGUCUCGAUCCAAUUACUAUUUUAGGAUCUGCUCCAGAUUGUGGGCAACUAUGGGCAGGUCACUUAUCUGGUAGAAUCACAGUGCAUACGUAUACCGUGGUAACAAGCAAAAUUGAUUUCAGUUCGGCACCAGCGUGUGUGCUUUUGGCUCACAGGAGUAGAGUAAUAACGAUAUCUCUUUCACGGGCAUUUAGUAUAGCUGUUACCGGUGAUGCAAGUGGAGUUAUUAUUAUCUGGGACUUGAACAGUUUAACAUACGUAAGAUCGAUAUCUUCCGAAGAGAAUUAUCCUAUUCAGUUACUAGCGAUUAGCGAAACUCUUGGAGAUAUUGCAGUUACGUACGAAACAUCUAAGACAGUGGAGAACGCAUCUUCCAGUCAGUCAGAACUGAAAGUAUUUACAAUAAAUGCGAGAGCUGUUGGUUCUGUUUUAUCUAGGAGAAAGAUUACAGCUCUUUGUUACAGCAAUGCGCCCGAGGGAGUUUCCGUGAACGUUAUUGCGACAGGGUUAGAUAACGGAGUGAUACGAUUAUGGAGUAGCUGGGAUUUAAGAUUAGUUAGAGAAAUUAAAAAUGGCAUCAAAGGAUGUGGAGCGGUAAUCGCGAUCGCGUGGUCAUUAGAUCAGCAUCAUUUGUACGCAGUUACGGAAGAUUCGACUGUUCUCAUAUGGGAAGGAUCGAAACGUUUGAGCAACGGUACAUCCAAAUUCGUUAACUUAACAUCCCUCUAAUGUAAAUAAAUGAAACCAAGAAACACUCGUUUUUACCUUAUAGAUAUCGUAUUGAACGGAGAAACGCGUUUUAUGCAAUCAAUACGGCAUCAAUGUCGCAUUUGCACUUUUAUGAAAAUAAAAUCGC